AUGAUCCGUCUAUCCGUUGAAAACGGCCUUCGAGCUUUACUGGGGGCCUUCCUAUCAAGCUGUACAUUCCUUAUUACUUCCUAUAACACCACAUUCGCUUUUGACCACCCCCUCCACACAGCUUCCCUGGCCUGCUUUCUUUCUGGGCUCUCUCUCUUGGUUUUGAGCAGAUUCGUCCACCGAAUACCGACCAUAUCUCGUCCUGACAAAUAUUCCACUAUUCCACUCACUGAGCUUGAUGACUCGACAGUUGAAGUACUCUCGCCUGUUAGCAACGAUGGCGAUUCCGCAAAGGACAAACGUACGUGGAAGUGGUGGUUAGGGAUUGGUGUCGUCACAGGAAUUGGCUGUGCUCGACUUUCACUUUAUCGCAAUAUCACCGAGAACAUCGAAUGCGCGCCUCCUGGAUAUGCUUACCUGAUUCCGCUAUAUAUCUCAGUUUACGACUUCUGGCGCAAUCAACAAGGCACUCAAAGUUGCGCACGGCCCGACCACUCUCCCAACGCCCUGCUUCGUAUACCGGUCACAAUAGCUAGUCGCGUCCGUUUUCUCGUCCUCCAAAGCCGCCUACGAUACGUCAUAUCUGCCGGCCUUUUAGCAGUGAGCGGCCUCCUAGUUUCGUCAUUCGAUCAUGGUCGAGAGUCCACAUUUAUCUGUCCUAUAAUUUCGGGAGAACACGCCCGGCAACGGAUGCUCAAGAUACUCAGCCUCGCCCUUGAUACACUGGUUUUGAUAGGCGCAGCCGAGCUAUCUGGUGAAGGAACCCGUCGAGAUGGGAGGAGGAAGCAGACAUUACUAGCCUGGGGGUGUGGUCUUAUUGGGGUUGCUUUCUUUUGGGGGGCUUGGGCCAUCCAUUCAAAGCGUACUGCCGAACCUGGUACUUUUGUCACCUCGCUUUACCUCGGAAGUGCAUGGAGUCAGGUUGCUUUGAUUACAGUCAUAAUAGUGUCUGCAUCUCAGCUGUUCCCGCAUUACGUAUUCAAUGGGCAAGAGUCGUUCCCUCCAAUACCCCCGUCUGAAGCCCUUUCAGCACUUUCCUUCAUCUGCCUUGGAGGGUUAAUAUUUUUGCUAUCCAGGAUGGCAUCUGAUGACGAACCACUAUUCUUAUAUCGCCUCAACCUAGUUUCACGUUUGGUAUUCCUUAUCAUGUUUGGGACUGGGCUAUUUUUGAUCUCCAAACGAUCGAAUGUGGUCCACAUACAUCCGAUAGAGUCGCUCAUACACGAAGCCGGAAAGAACCAUGAUAUGUGGUUGAAGACAGCCAAGGGGAGCAGUAAUCUGGCAGAAGCUGUUCAGAAAUACCGGUCAAAAUAUAAUCAGUACCCACCGCCGGGCUUUGAUAAGUGGUACGACUAUGCCGUAAGCAGGUCUUCGGUUAUGAUUGACGAAUUUGAUGAUAUAUACACGAACCUUUUGCCGUUUCGGGCCUUGGAACCCGAAGAGAUUCGAACCAUGACUCAAAAGUUAGCAACAAAUCCUUUUAAUGGAAUAGGCGCUCUGAGUAUCCGCAAUGGCACCGUCAGGUUGCAAGAGGGAAUCAGGCCAACACAUGCCUGGAUGGUUCAAAGUGCGGGCAAAAUGAUUGAAAAGUUUUCUGAGCACCUCCCCGACAUGGAUUUGGCUUUCAACCUGGACGACGAGCCCCGUGUUAUAGCACCAUGGGAGAAGGUGGAAGAACUUCGGAAACGGGCAAGGAUGCAACAGCUGCCUCCCGACGAUAAGAUUUCGAACAAGUGGUCUAUGGAACGCAAUGCAACUUGGGACCCUAUAGAACCAGCCGACCAAACUCCAGAGGCUAUGUUUAUCGAUCGUUCACUCCAGAGAGCAUUUGAUCCUUAUAUAGCACCUGCUUGUCCGCCUGGGUCGAAGGCACGGUCCCGGCGAAUUUGGGACAAACGGCACUUAUGCAUGGAGUGCAUUCGCCCCCAUUCAAAGGGACAAUUCCCAACGCGCUGGGAUCUCGCAUCCGAUAUAUGUCACCAGCCUGAUCUUGCUACGCUGCAUGGACUCCUUAUUUCUCCCGCAUCGUUCAAAAUCACGCAGGAACUGGUGCCCGUUUUCAGUCAGAGUUCCACAUCGGGGUUCAACGACAUCAUAUUUCCAAGUCCUUGGAACUAUGUUGAUAAAAUAACUUACACGCCUUCCACUGAGCACCCGGAUCAGAAAUAUACCGAUAAAGAAAACACUCUCUUCUGGGUCGGAGGCACAUCAGAAGGCGUAAGCCAUGAGGGGAGAUGGAAAGGGAUGCCGCGACAGCGCCUCGCGCACGUGGUCAAUAAUAACACAUAUAACCACGUCUCAGUUCUCCUCCCUGCAGAUCAACAAAAAUCAUACGCCUACCAGGUGUUUGACGGCCGUGCGCCUACACAGGUCCUCGGUUUGAACACGUCCGUCAGCAUCACCGACCCUAUAGUGCGCUGCCGGGAUAAAGACUGCGCCGACCAAACGGACGAACUACACACAGGCGGCCGAGUUGACUUCCAAGAUCAUUGGCAAUAUCGUUACCUCUUUGACUCUGACGGUGCCGGCUUCAGCGGCCGCUUCCUUCCUUUCUUGCAGAGCCAUAGCCUGCCUUUCAAAACGGGCUUAUUCAGACAAUGGUUCGACUCCCGAAUUACGCCGUGGUUACACUACGUCCCGAUCGAUAUCCGCCUACAUGGAUUAUGGAGCACAGUGGCCUACUUCGCUGGCGUGGAUGCUAUAGUUGACGGACAGAAGAUCGAGAUGAAAGGCCAUGAUACUCAGGGCACAUUGAUUGCCGAGGAAGGCCGUAAAUGGGCUGAAAAGGCCCUGCGAAAGGAAGACAUGGAGAUAUAUUUCUUCCGGCUUCUUCUGGAAUGGGGGAGAUUGACUGAUGAUCGGCGGGAUUUGCUGGGAUUCAAGCUCCCUUCUUGA